UGUGUCUCCUAAGAUUUAAGAACGAUUUUGAGGGGGAGAGAAAUUAAUAUAAGAAAGAGAAAAUUGAAGAAUUGAAGGAAUAAUUUUUAGAAAAUAACUGAAGUUAGAGAAUUAAUGGAACAAUAUAACUUCUAAAAAAAGAAAAUAAAAGAAAAUAUAAAUUAAAAAAAAUAUACAAGAUAGUUGAAUAAAAAUUAACGAUCAAAAGAGAGACAAUUUCUUUCAAAUGCGUUUCUUUGGAGUUACAUAGCGAAAAAAAAGUAAAAGAAAAAAAAAAAUCCUAAUCCCAAACAUCCCAAUUAAAUUGUUAAUCAGUUAAAACAAUUAAUGCCAACUUGAAAAAAGAAAAGAAAAAUCCGCAAUUGUUCAUAGAAAAGACAAUCUUCAGCUUCGUACUUCCAUGUGAAAUCAUGGGAAAGUUCUCUACACUUUUCCAAGUGAUCCUUUUUGUUUUUAUAGGAUAUGUUAAUGGUGAUGUCUGUGGUCAAAAGAUUGGGGUAUAUGAGCUCAAGAAAGGGAACUUUUCUGUGAAAUUCAUUAAUUAUGGUGCCUCUAUCGUCUCUGUUGUUGUACCAGAUAAAUAUGGAAAUCUAGCUGAUAUCGUUCUUGGAUUUGAUUCAAUACAGGAUUACGUUCAGCGAAAAGGUAACUUCGGUGCCAUUGUUGGACGAGUUGCUAAUAGAAUAAGUAAUGCUCGAUUUACCUUAAAUGGAACUGUAUAUAGAUUGGAAGCAAAUGAUGGGAACAACACCAUUCACGGUGGCUCCAAAGGAUUCAGUCAUGUCAUUUGGGAAGUAAACAAUUACAAUCCUGAAGAUCCUAUUCCUCAAAUUAAUUUUACUUACAGAAGUUUCAAUGGAGAAGAAGGAUUUCCAGGAGACUUAACCGCCACAGUGAGCUAUUAUCUCCUCUCAGAAACACAUUUAGCUGUAGAAAUGAAAGCUAUUGCUAUAAAUCAUCCAACUCCUGUGAACCUAGCGCAACAUGCCUAUUGGAACCUUGGUGGCCACACUAGUGGGGAUAUUCUCUCUCACCAGGUCCAAAUCUUUGGGUCCCAAAUCACUCCAGUAGAUAACCAGAUGAUUCCUACCGGUGAAAUCAAGGCCGUUCAAGGAACGCCCUAUGAUUUUCUGACACCUCAAAUCAUCGGUAACAAUAUGAGCAAAUUACCAAAUGGGUUUGACAUUUACUAUGUGCUUGAUGGAUUAAAGGGGACAGAAAAGAAAAAAGCUGCAACUCUACGAGAGAGGAAGUCCGGACGAGUAUUGGAAUUGUGGACCACCGCCGAAGGAUUACAGUUUUACACAGGCAAUGGGCUUACAAAUGUGACAGGAAAAGGAGGGUUUGUCUAUAAAGCUCAUGCGGGGCUUUGUUUGGAGACUCAAGGAUUUCCUGAUGCGGUGAACCAUCCUAAUUUCCCUUCAGAAAUUGUAACGAAAGAAAAUCCAUAUGAACACUCUAUGUUGUUUAAGUUUUCAACCGACCAACUUUUCAAUUGAAAAAAGAUGAUGAUAAUGCUCUAGUUUUGAAAAAAAAAAUCCAAUUAGUGCUUCAUACAAAUAAAAAUGGUUGAAAAUGCAUUUAAUGUUUGUAUUUCUCUAACAUAGCUAAGUUUAUGCACUUUUAAUUUGUGCAAUUUUAACAAAGAAAGUGAUUCUAAUUUCU